AUGCCGGCUGCGCGGUGCUGCAUUCUGCAGCAGGCUGCGGCACCACCUCUGCGAGCGGCUCCCCAGGUUCCCCUUCCUGUGGACACGGUGGUGGGUGUUUCAGUGAAGCCCGCCCCAAGCUCCACGCCCUGCACGCCCGUCCCUUCUCUGGGCAGCUCGCACCGCCUGGCGCGGGAAGAGCCUGGCAGCCUGGCUCGCGGGUGGCGACGUUGCAGGAAGCUCCCAUUCAUAAAGCGAACACCUGCUCCUGCCUCCCGCCUUUUCCACCCGCCAGCAGCGCGGGGAGGUUGUCUGGCAACCUCCACGGCGGCCCCGCCAAGCCCUGGCCGCUCCGAGCCCCACGGCCCACGACCAGCCUCGGUGGAGCCGCGGAGACGCACACAAAAAGGCCGACGGAGCGACGCUUUAAGCAGGGAGCGACCGUCGCGCUGGGCUGAUGGGGCCUUUUCUGAGCCACUGGCCUUUCGGGGGCUUUCGCGGUGGCCGGGAGUGGCCAGGGCGGAGGCCAGCCGGGAGGGGAGUGGCUCCGGCGGGCGGGGCGCCGCGCUCAGCCCCCGCGCAGCCUCCACCCGAAGCCCGAGCCGCUCCCCACCGCGGUCCGCCCCGCGCAGCCCCCGGCCGGCUCCUGCCCGCCAGCGGCGCCAGGCGAGCCCUCAUUGGCUGAUCCAGCGCCUGGCUCCGCCCCGCGCCCCGCCCCCGUUACCCUCGCUCUGGAAAUUACAACUCCUGGGCGCGCGGCGCGGCGGGCGCGGGAGGCGGCGGGGCCGGGAGGGGAUCCCCGAGCCAGCGGGCGCUCGCCCCCUCCCCCGGCCGCCGCUGCAGCGUGGCGCGGCCAAGGUCAGGGGCGCCGCGGGGACCCGCGCGGAGGGGCGAGCCGGGGGGCCCGGGGCGACACCAGCCCGCGAGAGGGCAGCUCCGAGAGCGGCGGCGGCCUCCUGUUAUGGGGGCGGCGGGGCGGCGGGCGGCGCGGACCACGCGGACAAGCUGAGCCUGUACAGCGAGACCGACAGCGGCUACGGCUCCUACACCCCCAGCCUCAAGUCCCCCAACGGGGUCCGCGUGCUGCCCAUGGUGCCCGCGCCCCCGGGCUCUUCGGCGGCCGCGGCCCGGGGAGCCGCCUGCUCGUCGCUCUGCUCCUCCUCCAGCUCCAUCACCUGCCCGCAGUGCCACCGCAGCGCCUCCCUGGACCACCGCGGCUUGCGAGGCUUCCAGCGCAACCGGCUGCUGGAGGGCAUCGUGCAGCGCUACCAGCAGGGCCGCGGGCUCGCCGCGGGGGCGUCCGCAGCCCCGGCCGUGGCCGUGUGCCAGCUGUGCGACCGCACCCCGCCCGAGCCGGCGGCCACUCUCUGCGAGCAAUGCGACGUGCUCUACUGCGCCACCUGCCAGCUCAAGUGCCACCCGUCCCGGGGCCCCUUCGCCAAGCAUCGGCUGGUUCAGCCGCCGCCGCCGCCCCCGGAGGCGCCCCCGGCUCCCGCCGGCCCGCCCACCGCCCCCGGCGCGGCGGGAGGGUGCAGGAGCCCCGGGGGCGCCGCGGCCGGCGCUCCGCGCAGGUUCCCCACGUGCCCCGAGCACGAAAUGGAGAACUACAGCAUGUACUGUGCGAGCUGCCGGAGCCCCGUGUGCUACCUGUGCCUGGAGGAAGGCAGGCACGGCAAGCACGACGUCAAGCCGCUGGGGGCCACGUGGAAGCAGCACAAGGCCCAGCUGUCUCAGGCCCUAAACGGGGUUUCAGAUAAGGCCAAAGAGGCGAAGGAGUUUCUGGUCCAGCUCAAGAACCUGCUGCAGCAGAUCCAGGAAAACGGACUGGACUAUGAGGCUUGUCUGGUGGCACAGUGCGACGCCCUGGUGGACGCGCUGACCCGGCAGAAAGCCAAGCUGCUCACGAAGGUGACCAAAGAGAGGGAGCACAAGCUGAAGAUGGUUUGGGACCAGAUCAAUCACUGCACGCUGAAGCUGCGCCAGUCCACCGGCCUGAUGGAGUACUGCCUGGAGGUGAUCAAGGAGGAUGAUGCCUCGGGAUUCCUGCAGAUCUCGGAUGCCCUGCUCAAGCGUGUGCAGGUGUCUCAGGAGCAGUGGGUCAAAGGCGCCCUGGAGCCCAAAGUGUCUGCGGAGUUUGACCUGACCCUGGACAGCGAGCCCCUGCUGCAAGCCAUCCACCAGCUGGAUUUCGUCCAGAUGAAAUUGCCGCCUGUGCCCCUGCUGCAGCUGGAGAAGUGCUGCACCCGCAACAACAGCGUCACCCUGGCCUGGAGGACGCCGCCCUUCACCCACAGCCCCGCUGACGGCUAUAUCCUGGAGCUGGAUGAUGGCGAUGGAGGGCAGUUCCGGGAAGUGUACGUCGGCAAGGAGACCCUGUGCACCAUCGACGGCCUUCACUUCAACAGCACCUACAAUGCCAGAGUCAAAGCCUUCAACUCCUCCGGUGUCGGGCCCUACAGCAAGACGGUGGUCCUGCAGACCUCUGACGUGGCCUGGUUCACCUUUGACCCCAACUCUGGCCACCGGGACAUCAUCUUGUCCAACGACAACCAGACGGCCACGUGCAGCAGCUACGAUGACCGGGUGGUGCUGGGCACGGCUGCGUUCUCCAAAGGCGUGCACUACUGGGAGCUGCACGUUGACCGCUAUGACAACCACCCUGACCCUGCCUUCGGUGUGGCCAGGGCCAGCGUGGUCAAGGACAUGAUGCUGGGCAAGGACGACAAGGCCUGGGCCAUGUACGUGGACAACAACCGCAGCUGGUUCAUGCACUGUAACUCCCACACCAACAGGACUGAAGGUGGUGUGUGCAAGGGGGCCACUGUGGGUGUGCUGCUGGACCUGAACAAGCACACCCUGAGCUUCUUCAUCAACGGGCAGCAGCAGGGCCCCACAGCCUUCAGCCACGUGGACGGGGUCUUCAUGCCAGCCCUCAGCCUCAACAGAAAUGUGCAGGUCACCCUGCACACAGGACUAGAGGUGCCAACAAACCUUGGACGGCCAAAGCUCUCAGGCAACUAGCCUGGGGGCUCCGGCUGCCUGGCUGGCUGGGUGGAGGACAAGGGCACAGCAGAGAGGCCUGGGGGCCCGCAGCCAGUGAACAGCUGAAGAUGCUUUUUCUUUUUUCCCUUUUUUGAAAUUGAGAAUGAAUGAGCUGUGAGCCA